GAGAGAGAGAGAGCGACGACGGGGAAAAGGAGUUGCUCCUCGCACACGCUCCGUUGCGCGGCGUGUACGUGGGUGCCGUGAGCGUUCCCCCGGGGGGAGGCGGAGGGGGGGCGGCGGGAGUGGGAAGGAAGGAAGGAAGGAAGGAAGAGCGAGUGCGCGCGCCAACAACAAGUGGCUCCCCCGCCACGCGCAACCACGCUGCCGCAGCAUGUGCGCGCACCCGCACGCACCCUGGACUUUUGUGUGCGUGUGUAUUUUUAUGACUCUAAAUCGACUUCAAUGAAUGCCGCUGAGCGAGGCAAGAUUUUGCCUCCCCCUUGCUCCAUGGACUCGCUGCUGAUGCUGCGCUCCCCCGGUGGCCGUCUCGGCGAGUCUGGUUCCCGUCGCUAGAUUUCCACCCCAACUUCCCCUACCCCCUUUCCCCUUCCUGGAAUCGCCGGGUAGAGAGGGUCGCAGCCAUGCCGAUGCAUCCGAUCACCUCCACGCUCAUGUACCGGGGGAUGUGCACCAUCCCGGACAUCCUCUCCUACAGCGCCCCGGUCAACCUGCCCGAAGACGAGGUGGAAGAAAUCCGCGAGGCGUUCAAGGUCUUCGACCGCGACGGCAACGGCUUCAUCUCCAAGCAGGAGCUUGGCAUGGCCAUGCGCUCCCUCGGCUACAUGCCCAACGAGGUCGAGCUCGAGGUCAUCAUUCAGCGCCUCGACAUGGAUGGCGACGGCCAGGUAGACUUUGAGGAGUUUGUCACGCUGCUCGGCCCCAAGUUGACAGCGGCCGCCAUGCCCGACAAGUUCAACGGAACCGACUUUGACUCGGUUUUCUGGAAGUGUGACAUGCAGAAACUGACCGUGGAGGAACUGAAGCGUCUGCUGUACGACACCUUCUGCGACCACCUGUCCAUGAAGGACAUCGAGAAUAUCAUCAUGACCGAGGAGAACCAUAUCGAGAACCCCGAGGACUGCCAGGUGGAUAUCGACAGUUCCAGCCCGACGCAGCAGGUCAAGCAGACGUGCGUGCGCAAGAGCCUGAUCUGCGCCUUCGCCAUCGCCUUCAUCAUCAGUGUCAUGCUGAUCGCUGCCAAUCAGGUGCUGCGCAGCGGCAUGAAAUAGUCGACAAACUGGAAGACUUAACGGACAACUCCGACGUUUUUCUAAGGAACUGGCGUGCACACUGACACAUGGACAACAUAUCGCUCCAACUCGGUGUCAUCGUGCG